CUAUGCUGUUCUAUUUGAGCUUCAUUCUGCUUCGAGACAGUGUAGUAAAUGCAGCCGUCAGUAAAACCAGUGUGAUAAGUGCGGUUGUUCCGGUGAGGUUGGUGCAAGGUGAUAAUGCUUGUUCCGGAAGGGUCGAAAUUUACAAGGACAGCGACUGGGGCACCAUUUGUGAUGAAGGGCUGGACAAUGCUGAAGGCAACUUGGUCUGCUACGAGGUAGGGUGCGGUCCUCUCAAAUCCAUACAGCCUAGUGCUUUCUUUGGGGAAGGUACGGGACCGCUGCUGACGGAUGACCUAAACUGUUACGGUAACGAGAGCUCGGUGCUCGACUGCAUUUGGGGGAACCAGACCGACGUGUGUGACCACACGAGAGAUGCUGGAGUCAUCUGUGACUACACCCUCAAGUUAAAAGACGGCAGCGGCAUGUGUUCAGGGAGAGUGGAAAUCUUCCACAACAGACAGUGGGGAACUCUCUGCGACACCGCCUGGGAUGUCAUAGACUCGUCGGUGGUGUGUAAAGAACUUGGCUGUGGAAGCCCAAUAGCUACAUACUACAAUGCUUAUUUUAGACAGGGAACAGGUCCGGUAUGGAUGGAUGGACUCAGUUGCACUGGUCAGGAGAGAUCGCUGAAAGAUUGUGUGUUUAGCGGUUGGGGAGUGACCUCUUGCACACAUGCUGAUGAUGUUGGAGUCACUUGCUCAGAGUAUAGGCUUGCAGAUGGAACAAACAGUUGCUCCGGGAGGGUGGAGGUCGUCUUUGAACGUUUUGGGUGGGGAACUGUUUUGGACAAAGGCUGGAAUGUGUUGGGUGGAGAUGUGAUCUGCAAACAGAUGGACUGUGGAAGUGCACUGAGUGUCAAUGGUAGAUCUGCUUUUGGGAAGGGUUCAGGUAGGGCAUGGUGGUAUAACACCACAUGCACGGGAACUGAAAUCUCCCUGAAAAGUUGUAUUUCAGGCAAUGAGAAACAGAGUUCACACAACAAUGAUGCAGGAGUGGUCUGCAGAGAGGUGAAACUGGUAAACAGCCAAAGCAUUUGUCAAGGUACAGUGCAGGUUCGUUAUACUGGAGAUUGGGGAACAAUAUGUCACAACAAUUGGGAUCUACUGGACGGUAUUGUGCUGUGCCGAGAACUCGGCUGUGGUCCUCUUUCAGGGACAUACCCCUCAGCUCAUUUUGGGAACGGUACAGGGGCAAUAAUGAUGGAUAAUGUCCUGUGUACCGGCAGUGAGUCCUCACUGAAGGACUGCAGUAAAUCUACGUCUGUAAGCAGCCUCUGUACACAUUCACAGGACGCUGGAGUCAUCUGCGGAGAAGUGAGAUUGGUAGAUGGAGACAGCAUUUGUUCUGGAAGGGUGGAGGUUCUUAGAAACAAUCAAUGGGGAACUGUCUGUGGAGACAGCUGGGAUAUGACUGACGCUCAAGUAGUCUGUAGAGAGCUGGGCUGUGGAACUCCAGUAGAGGUAAACCAAGGUGCUUUUGGAAGCGGUAUUGGACCAAUAUGGAUGGAUGAUGUGAAAUGUACAGGCACUGAGUCAACCUUGAAAGACUGCAGGUCAAACAGAUGGGGAGUUCAUAACUGUGAUCAUGCAAACGAUGCAGGCGUUGUCUGCCGAGAGGUACGGUUGGUGAAUACGAACAACAUGUGUCAGGGCACAGUGCAGGUGUAUCAUGACGGCCGUUGGGGAACUGUGUGCCACAACAGCUGGGAUAUCGCAGAUGGUUUAGUGCUCUGUAGAGAGCUGGGCUGUGGUGGGAAUGUAGAGCCCUUGGCAAGUGCAUAUUUUGGGGCUAGUGAUGGGCCAAUAUGGAUGGAUUCACUCAGAUGCAAAGGUGACGAGUCAAACCUGAGGAAAUGCCAGUUUGGUGGUUGGGGAAACCAUCAUUGCAUUCAUGCAUAUGAUGCAGGAAUCAUCUGCAGAGAUAUUAAAAAUGUGCUCAGGAUUAAGGUGAACACUGACUCCGAUGUAAACCCCAAUGACCCUUCAUACAUGACAAAACUACUGGACAAAAUCAAGAAAGAGCUCAAAAAUCAUGGAAAUUUCUCUGUCAAGUGGAGAACUCAGUCGAAUGGGCAAGUGUUUCAGGAAAAGAAAAAAUUAUUUGAUCCCUGACAGGUCUGUUAUUUCGACAGGAGCCAUAGAAGAAAUGACCUUUCAUGACAAAUUCAACAGAGCAACUCAUCUGCUCUUGCAGAAUCAUCCUGAUGAUGAAGAAGUGUUUAUAUUUACAUUUAGCAGACGCUUUUAUCCAAAUUUAAUACUAAGAAUUAUAUACUAAAAUGGUUUUACAUUUUAUAUUAUAUACUAGAGUUUUAGUAUGUAGUAUAAAAUGAUAUACUAAAAAGGUUUAAUAUAUUUUACAGCAUAUGAAAUAAAAUAUGCUAUUUUGAAUAUUUGUUUAUU